GAUCUAUCAUCCUUCGACUCUUUCUCCAUGAUCGUUGACUACCUAGGUAGGUAUCUUUUAGCGUUUUCGUCGACAUGAGAAAGUGGGUAUGUGUAAGACGGCGACAGCUAUUGCGACUUCGUCCCUACAAUGUUUGUUUGGUUCUGUGACCGCAGUGGUUGACGUAGGAAUGGCUUCCCAAGGAGGUAAUCCUUGGCGGUCCUUCAUCAUGAGAUUCUUUAAAUACUUAGGGAUUACAUGGCGCCACCAUGGGUCGGUCUAUGGUGCCAUUGCCCAAAGGAUACCACACGAUUCAUUGAUCCCUUCUAGGAAAGCACAAUGCGGCAUCUUUAUCCCGGGCCCCUUAGAUAUUUGCCUGCUUUGGUAAUGCCUAUGCCGAUAAGGAGCGUAUCAGUAUCUUCGUUCGAAUAUAU